AUGGGAAUCAAUGGAGUGUGGUCCAUCAUCGGCGACUCCGGAAUCAGGGUUGCUCUCUCUCGGCUCUGCAGUGGGAGACUGAGGCCUGGAACCCAGGUUUCUGCACCUGCCACGGGUGGCUCCGAUGAAGACGAAGUGAUCGAUUUGACAGGCAUUUCAACCGCCGUUGGUUCAACCGAAGUGCAAACGACAGAUACUCAUCCAACAAGCAGCGGCAUUAUACCUCUACCGCCCCAACCUGGUUGGCAUCCAGUUCGACUGGCAAUAGAUGCCUCAUUAUGGAUCUAUCAUUCGCAUUCGGCUGUGACGCAUUUCAACGCCACAAAUGCAUCUCCCUGGACGCCUUCUCAAGGGCUCAAAAACCAGCCCAAUGCAUAUCAUCUCCGAGUAUUCUUCUUCAGGCUGUGUCGACUGCUGGUUCUGGGCAUCAAGCCCAUCGUUGUUUUUGAUGGCUGGAAUAAAUCCAAAGCGAAGAGAGGAGGUAGAGGCAGUUUUGGCAGCGCGGCCAAUGGCUUCAUUAUCCUAGCGAAGCUCUUCGGGAACCCAGUAAAAAACGCCGAUGGGGAGGCGGAGCAGGAAUGUGCGAGACUCGAGCUUGCUGGAGAGGUUGAUCUGAGUUGCACGGAUGAUGCAGAUUACUUUCUUUUUGGCGGGCGAUACCUAAUGCGCACUUGGCGAGCAGGCGGAUGGAAACCAUCGGGCAGCGGCACAUCAACGCCGACAAAGUCGAAAUCCCGUGGGGUUGGGGAAGCGAGCACGCCCACGCCGAUGGCAACGUCUACAAAGCGCAAAGCCAUGGGUGGUGCCGCCGCCCGCUCGCAAAAGAUCAGCGAUGACGACAGUGACGGAGCGUCUACCGCGGAUGAGGUCGAGGAGGAAGAAGGUUCAGAUUUAACCCACACGCGGAUCUAUCGCAUGCCAGAUUUAAAAAAAGACUACGAUCUAGACCGCGCGGGGUUGUUAUUGAUAGCGUUGUUAUGCGGCUGCGACUACGGCAAUGAAGGAGGGAUCAAAGGAAUCGGUCCAGUCAGAGCGUUGGAGCUGGCUAAAGCGGGUUAUGGAGCAGAACUUCUAGCGGAAAUCAACCAGCGGCGUGCACUACCUCAACUUCGACCUGAACAAAAUUCACCGCGGAACUUUACGACCACGGAAAAGAUUGCCAAGGCACUGGUGGGCAAAGAAGAAAGUUACCGAGAGGUUUUGAGCCGUAAACGACCCUCUUCGGUGAAGGCCUUGACGGAAUCAGGGUUUCCGGAUAUGAGGAUUGUCGACGCAUUUUACGGACGAGAUGGAAUUCAGCAGGCUGGUGGACAAGCACGACAGGCAGAUACAUGGGAGUGGAGUUUGCCAGAUAUCGAAGGAUUGCGGCGAUUCUGCGUUGACGAAUUCGAAUGGACACCGACUUACACAGAGAAAAUGUUCGAAGGGAAUCUCUACCCGGCAGUGCGAUUGCUACAAUUGCGUUUGGAAGCACAUCGAAAGCUGGCUCCACCCAUUCCUGCUCCAUACAAGACUCGGCCGACUAGCCAUGCGGAGAGCGAAGUCCUCGUCCAAGGAAUCCACCGGAAACGGGUCAAAUUCGGUGGCUCUGAGUAUCGGGUGACGUUGAACUACGAUUCGUUGAAGCGCACACAUCUUCAAAAGCUCAAUAUGCCAUCAGGCUCUCACAACUCUGCGGAAGCGUUAAGCCCUCGCGUAUGGGUAGAAGCCGAUCUAGUAUCUAUGGCAUAUCCGACUAUGGCUGCUGCAUAUGAAGAGCACGCAGCAGCUAAGAGUGCAAAAAGGUCAUCAACUGCAAAAAGAAAGAAGACAUCGCAGGUGGAGGUGCCUCGCGGCCAAUCUACUAUCGACUCGUUCUUCCCAAAGGCGAAAAAGAUGAUGAGCAUUGCCAACAAUGAUGUUUAA